AUGGCGACCACCGUGGACAAAAUCAAGGGGAUCGAGGAAGAGAUGGCCAAAACUCAACGCAAUAAAGCGACGUCCUUUCACUUGGGGCAACUUAAAGCCAAGUUGGCGAAGCUCAAAAAAGAGUUGCUCACUCCCACGACCGGUGGAGGCGGCGGUGGAGUUGGAUUCGACGUUGCGCGUACUGGUGUGGCCUCUGUCGGCUUCAUAGGGUUCCCUUCAGUGGGUAAAUCGACCCUGAUGUCGCGGCUCACAGGCCAGCACUCAGAAGCGGCUGCAUAUGAGUUCACAACCCUCACGACUGUCCCCGGCCAGGUGGUCUACAACGGAGCCAAGAUCCAGAUUCUCGAUCUUCCUGGUAUCAUCCAGGGUGCGAAGGAUGGCAAGGGAAGAGGUAGGCAGGUCAUUGCCGUCGCCAAGACAUGCCAUCUCAUUUUCAUCGUCCUCGAUGUGAACAAGCCGCUCACGGACAAGCGGGUCAUUGAGACGGAGUUGGAGGGCUUUGGCAUUCGCAUUAACAAGCAGCCGCCGAAUAUCAAGAUCACAAAGAAGGACAAGGGCGGCAUUUCCAUCACCACCACACAGACGCUGUCUCACAUCGACCAUGACGAGAUCAAGGCUGUGAUGAACGAGUACCGUAUGGCCAAUUGCGACAUUGCUAUUCGAUGUGACGCGACUGUCGACGAUCUCAUCGAUGUUAUCGAAGCGAAGAGUCGAGCCUACAUUCCUGUCAUUUACGCGCUCAACAAGAUUGACGCCAUCAGUAUCGAGGAGCUGGAUCUUCUUUACCGUAUUCCAAACGCUUGUCCCAUCUCUUCAGAGCAUGGCUGGAACAUCGACGAGUUGCUGGAGCAAAUGUGGGAGAAGUUGAACUUGCGCCGGGUGUACACCAAGCCGAAGGGAAGAUUACCGGAUUACACUGCACCAGUCGUGCUAAGGAGCACAGCUUCUACGGUCGAGGACUUCUGCAACUCCAUCCACAAGACCAUCGUCGAUCAGUUUCGAAUUGCUAUCGUCUACGGCCGCAGCGUGAAGCAUCAACCUCAGCGAGUCGGUCUGAGCCACCAACUGGAGGACGAAGACAUCAUUACGAUUAUCAAGAGAUGA